GGAAGGCGGCGGUGGCGGCGGCGAAAGAAGAGGGGAGGACGGGGGCGGCGUCGGACUGGAGCCGAGCGGCGGCGCGAGCUGCCCGGGGCGCUGUCGUGAGCUCGCCCGCCGGGCCCCCAUCCCCGAGCUACACCCUGCCGUGCCCAGCUCUGCCCGCGUCCGUGCCCCCGCGGGGAGCGCGCCGGGGCUGCCCCCCGAAUGACGGGCGGAAGGUUCGACUUCGACGAUGGCGGCACCUACUGCGGCGGCUGGGAGGAGGGCAAGGCGCACGGGCAUGGCAUCUGCACGGGGCCCAAGGGCCAGGGCGAGUACUCGGGCUCCUGGUCGCACGGCUUCGAGGUGGCUGGAGGCUACACCUGGCCCAGCGGCAACACCUACCAGGGCUACUGGGCGCAGGGCAAGCGGCACGGGCUGGGGGUGGAGACGAAGGGCAAGUGGAUGUACCGGGGGGAGUGGUCACAUGGUUUCAAGGGGCGCUACGGGGUCCGGCAGAGCCUGUGCACCCCCGCUCGCUACGAGGGUACCUGGAGUAACGGGCUGCAGGACGGGUACGGCGUGGAGACCUACGGGGACGGAGGUACUUACCAGGGCCAAUGGGCCGGCGGCAUGCGGCAUGGCUACGGCGUGCGCCAGAGCGUGCCCUACGGCAUGGCCACCGUGAUCCGCUCGCCGCUGCGCACGUCCAUGGCCUCGCUGCGCAGCGAGCAGAGCAAUGGCAGCGUGCUCCACGAUGCCGCGGCCGCUGCCGACAGCCCCGCCGGCACCCGCGGCGGCUUCGUGCUCAACUUCCACGCCGACGCGGAGCUCGCGGGCAAGAAGAAGGGCGGCCUCUUCCGAAGGGGCUCCCUUCUCGGAAGCAUGAAACUUCGCAAGUCCGAAUCCAAGUCUUCCAUCUCCAGCAAACGCAGCUCCGUCCGCAGCGACGCGGCCAUGAGCAGAAUUAGUUCCAGCGAUGCCAACUCUACGAUCAGCUUCGGCGACGUAGAUUGUGAUUUUUGCCCGGUGGAAGACCACGUCGAUGCCACCACCACGGAAACCUACAUGGGCGAGUGGAAGAACGACAAGCGAAAUGGUUUUGGCGUUAGCGAGCGCUCCAACGGCAUGAAGUAUGAAGGAGAGUGGGCAAAUAACAAGAGGCAUGGAUAUGGCUGCACCGUGUUUCCCGAUGGCUCCAAAGAAGAGGGGAAAUACAAAAAUAAUAUUCUGGUCCGUGGAAUAAGGAAGCAGCUUAUACCAAUAAGAAAUACAAAAACUAGGGAGAAGGUGGACCGAGCAAUUGAAGGCGCGCAAAGGGCAGCUGCCAUGGCGAGAACCAAAGUGGAAAUAGCAAAUUCAAGGACCGCACACGCACGAGCGAAAGCUGACGCCGCUGACCAGGCAGCUCAGGCUGCCCGCCAGGAGUGUGACAUCGCAAGAGCUGUGGCCAGGGAGCUGUCGCCGGACUUCUACCAACCAGGCCCAGAUUAUAUCAAACAGAGAUUUCAGGAAGGUGUAGAUGCUAAAGAAAAUCCAGAAGAAAAAGUACCAGAAAAGCCACCUACACCAAAGGAAUCUCCUCAUUUUUAUCGCAAAGGCACGACACCCCCCAGGUCUCCUGAAGCAAGUCCCAAACAAAGCCACUCUCCCCAGCCCUCCUCCCCGAAACCCACGAAGAAGCAGAACCCUAGCUCAGGGGCAAGACUCAACCAAGACAAACGGAGUGUGGCUGAUGAGCAGGUGACAGCCAUCAUCAACAAGCCUUUGAUGUCAAAGCCUCCCACAAAGGAGGUGGGAGCCAUGGUGCCCCUUUCCAAGUACUCUGGCCGCCACCACAUCCCUAACCCCAGUAACGGGGAGCUGCAUUCUCAGUACCACGGCUACUACGUGAAACUGAACGCCCCCCAGCACCCCCCAGAAGACAUGGAGGAAGAUGAAGGAUCGAGCCAGUCUUCCUCAGCGCUGGUGCACAAGCCAUCACCCAACAAGUGGAGUCCCCCUAAAUCUGUGACAAAACCAGUUGCCAAAGAAAGCAAAGCUGAGCCAAAAGCUAAGAAGUCUGAACUUGCUAUACCAAAGAAUCCAGCAAGCAACGAUUCAUGCCCUUCUUUGGAAAAAGAAGCCAAUUCGGGCCCUAAUUCAGUCAUGAUUGUCCUUGUCAUGCUGUUGAAUAUCGGGUUGGCCACUUUUUGUUCACUUUCUAACUUGAUUGGAAUUAGGAAAGAAGUGCAAUAUAUUGAGAAUCCUGGGUGUGACCGAUAUGGAAUAAAGAAGAAAGCAGAAAGAGAGCAAAUGAAAAUUACAACUUGUAUAUUUAUUUAUUUUUUACAUUUUGCUUUGACUUUUAAAUUUAGGAAGUACGUUUUUUUAGCCAAGAAACGUUUCAGCUCCUGUGUCAGUCUCCGUACACUCACUGCGCCUUCCUAACCCCAUAGCUCUUGAUGCUGGGAAAGCGGAUUUUUUUUAAAAAAUAAAACAAAAUAUUUAAUCUUAUUAAGUGUUUAUUUAAAACGUGUAAUGCUUUGGAAAUAAUGGGUAACAGAUAACUAAAGGAUAUGUUUAUAAAGUCAGCAUGUUCCAUUUAUAAAUAUGUGUAUGAUUUAUAAGCUUUUUUAAAAACAAAGCUCAAAUUGUUGGUAUUUUUCUAAAAUGUGCACAGCUGUAUUUUACAUGAAAGGCUCUUUCUAAUGGGUUGUUAUACUGUACUCUACAUUUUGGACAGCACAUGAAGUCUGCCAAUGUACUUAAUAAAACAUGACCUUGUUUAUUUAAAGUUUCUUGCUGUGAAAAAGAACUCCCUACCUGUGAGUUCCUUUAUUUAUAAUCCUUGAAACCAAAAUGUAUAAUGUACAGUUUUCACAACUGUAUCUGCUCUAAUAAAAAAAAAAGUUGGUUAUUAAUAAA